AUGCGGAGCAUUUGUGCAUUUGUGCCUGGAGCACCCACCUACACCCAACGUACUCGCCUCCACUGCCCACAGUGCCCUCGCACCUUCACUCACCGCAUGGGCCUGUUCGGCCACAUGCGCAUCCACGAGAGCGGAAUUGACCGCAGCCUUGCCACAUUCAUCCCGCCGAGCCCCACUGCCAAUCCACCACCUUGUGCACCCACUUACCACUCCCCAGCCGACAUCGACGCCACCGACCUUACCACCCCUCACUCCUCCCCUUCCUCCUCCUCCUCUUCCUCAUUCACUGCCAAAACGACGGCCGCUUCGGCGUCUGUCGCCCACGACUUCACCACAGCCGAACCUGACACAACAACAGGCACAACCCCUGCAACCUCCAUCAUCAGACGUGAGGGCCAGGACUACAUCUGCCCUCAUUGCAAUCGCACCUUCACUUCACGCAUCGGCCUGGUCGGUCACUUGCGAAUCCAUCGCACAGAGACCGGCGAACCAGUGCCUGGAGCACCAACCUACACCCAGCGCACUCGCCUCCACUGCCCACACUGCCCUCGCACCUUCACGCAUCGCAUGGGUCUAUUCGGCCACAUGCGCAUCCACGACAGCGGAAUUGACCACAAUUCCGAUACAGCCACGACAUCCAACAUAUCCACCACGCCCAGACCCAUCCUCGCUCCCCCGUCACACGCGCCGACCACGACCACGACCACCGCCACCACCACCAACACCACUGCUUCCUCUAAAGCUGACAACGACACCGCCGACCUCUCAUGCCCACAUUGUCCACGCACCUUCACCUCACGCAUCGGCCUGGUCGGUCACUUGCGAAGCCAUCGCACAGAGACUGGCGAACCAGUGUCUGGAGCACCAACCUACACUCACCGCACUCGCCUCCACUGCCCGCACUGCCCUCGCACCUUCACGCAUCGCAUGGGUCUAUUCGGCCACAUGCGCAUCCACGACGACCUGCGGUAG